GGGGCGGGACGCUCAGUCCAGCGGCAGCAGCAGCGCGUGGAGGGGACUCGGGGCAGCAGCAGCGAUGGCGUCCAACGAUUACAGCCAGCCGGCCACCCAGAGCUAUGGGGCCUACCCAGCACCACCGGGACAGGGAUAUUCUCAGCAAACCAGCCAGCCCUACAGCCAACAGAGCUACAGUGGUUAUGGCCAGUCUGCAGACACCUCAACAUAUGGACAAAACAGUUACAGUUCUUCCUACGGCCAGAAUCAAAGCUCUGGCUACAGCACUCAGUCAACACCCCCAGCUUACGGAACAACUGGAUAUGGCAGCAGCCAGACCUCUCAGACCUCUUAUGGGCAACCCUCAUCCUAUCCUAGCUACUCCCAGCCACCGGCAGCCAGCUCGACAACUGGAAGUUAUGGAAGCAGCUCCCAAAGCACAAGCUAUGGCCAGCCCCCAAGUGGAGGCUAUGGCCAGCAAUCCAGCUAUAGCAGCCAGCCACAGAGCUCCUAUGGACAGCAGCCUUCUUACAACCCUCCACAAAGCUACGGGCAGCAGAGCCAGUACAGCAGCAGUAGCAGCAGCGGAGGCGGCGGCGGGGGCAGCAGUGGAUCCAGCGGCUACGGCCAGGACCAGUCAUCCAUGAGCGGUAGUGGUGGCAGUGGCGGUGGCGGCUACGGUAGCCAGGAUCAGAGCAGCUACGGAGGUGGCCAACAAGACCGUGGUGGCAGGGGCAGAGGAGGAUAUGGCCGGGGUGGCUUUGAUCGUGGCGGAAGAGGCAGCCGUGGCGGUCGUGGAGGCAUGGGCGGUGGUGAGCGUGGUGGCUUCAAUAAGUUUGGUGGGCCCCGGGACCAAGGACCACGCCAUGAUCCUGCUUCUGAACAGGAUAACUCUGACAACAACACCAUUUUCGUCCAGGGACUCGGUGAAAAUGUCACCAUCGAGUCGGUCGCUGACUACUUCAAGCAAAUAGGAAUCAUUAAGACAAACAAGAAAACUGGGCAGCCCAUGAUUAACCUGUACACAGACCGUGAGACCGGGAAGCUAAAGGGGGAAGCCACUGUGUCUUUUGAUGAUCCCCCAUCUGCCAAGGCAGCCAUCGAUUGGUUUGAUGGAAAGGAAUUUUCCGGCAAUGCCAUCAAAGUCUCCUUUGCUACCCGGAGGGCAGACUUCAACCGUGGCGGUGGAAAUGGACGGGGUGGCAGAGGCCGUGGAGGGCCCAUGGGUCGUGCUGGAUUUGGUGGUGGAGGUGGAGGAGGCAGUGGCAACAGUGGCUCCAGUGGAGGUAACCGAGGUGGCUUCCCCAGUGGAGGCGGUGGCCAGCAACGUGCAGGGGACUGGAAGUGCCCUAACCCAGCCUGUGAGAACAUGAAUUUCUCGUGGCGUAACGAGUGCAACCAGUGCAAGGCACCAAAGCCGGAUGGGCCUGGAGGACCACACAUGGGAGGAGGAGGAUUUGGGGAAGAGCGCCGUGGAGGCAGAGGGGGUUAUGACCGUGGCGGUUUCCGAGGAGGCAGAGGCGGCGAUCGGGGUGGCUUCCGAGGAGGCCGAGGUGGAGAUCGGGGCAGUGGAUUUGGGCCAGGAAAGAUGGAUAACAGGGGCGACCACAGACAAGACCGCCGUGACAGACCCUAUUAAGACUGUACAAAUUCCCAGACCAUGUGACUUAUACUUUUUUAUUUUGUAUGUCAGACUUCGUGCUGCAGACUGUGUAAAGCUCGUUCCAUUUGUGUAAAACUUUGUAUUGCCCUCUCAAUUUUACCCAUUUUUUUUUCCCCCCCUGUAUCUGGAAGAAUCCCCUACAUUAAAAAACCCUCAUUGUUUUAGUUGCGGUGUGUAGCUUUUUUUGGGGCCAGGGCUUCAAUAAAGGCAACUUCAGUUUAUACCAGAAACCUGGGGAUGCCCCAAUGCUAGCCAUGGGUGUUUAAUAUACGUAAAUACAUUAUGCUAUGAACAGUAUUAACAUGUAAUUGAGCAGACAUAAGCAGAGAAAGACAUCUUGAUCUGUGGUUGAAAUGUGAAAUUCUUGAUUUACACUUGUACAUGAACAUUUGAGUUCUCAUCUUUAUUACCCGAAGCACCAUUGUCCAGCAUAGGAGUGGUCAGCUUAGUAGGGAUAUUAUUAUUGUGUGAGCCUCUUAUCAGUGUCUACCUAGAAAGUUUGCUUGCUGGGGUAUUUUUGGGGGGCAGGGAAUGGAUGGAAAACCAUGUUUCUGGGUUUUUGUGCUACCCCAUGGAAAGUGUGGUAGCUGCAGAAUUAGAAAGUGAUAUUCUAUAAAGAUCUAAUACAAACGAGAUGUAUGUAUUUAUCUUCAUGUAAACUACAGGGACAUUAAUCUACACAAACUUGAAUGUGUUAAACACAGGUAUGUAGAAGUACAACAAACUUUGUUCAUGCAUAAUUAGUAGAACUAUUAAAUUCCAGUAGAUAAGCAAAUUAUGUGCACACCUAUGCAAUCCUAUUGCAGACUAGAGCUGCACAGGUGAAAUUGAUGAAAAUUGUUAGUUUGCAAAAUUUUAUCCCUUGGCCUAAGGUACAAGAGGUUGUUUGGAUUUUUUUUCCUUGCUGGGGUGAAUUUGGAGUAAUAGUCUGCUAUGGUGAUGAGCUACACAAGUAGGUGAACAAAAAGCAUCCCUGUUUUUCUAGAAUCAGUUCGUAAGCUUAAACCCCCACAAGCAAGGAUAUUACCAGCAGUUAAAGCUUAUCCAGGGAUUGGUCAGACAGCAUUGUUGUCCACUUACACAAAAAUGGGCAUGGGUAAAAGGUGGACACAUCUGUCAGGGACUGGUAAACUUCUCUUAAAGUGCUGUUGUAGAAAAUUCCAAGGGAGCAAAUUGUCCAGGUCAAUCUUAUGGCUGGCACUGCAGUGUGUAUGAAUGUAAUAACUUUGAAACAUGCUGAAUAAAAAACAACCACAGGUUAUAAAUGUG